AUGAAUCAAGGCGGAGAAGGCGCACCAAAUAGGCAGCAGCAGCCUUCUGACCAAGAAGAGAGGGCUGAUAACCCUCAUAUACCACAAGAAUCUGGAGCCGCGCCUCAACCCAAUCCAAACGCUCCCGGUGCUGCCGAGCAGCCGCAGCCAUCUCAUAAUCAACCACAACAACCUCCGGUGCUCCAAAAUAAUCAACACCAUCAUCAUCAUCAAGGUGACCAUCAAGGGAUGCCUCAAGCUCAACCUCAAGUGCCUUCAAGGAGAGCACAAUUCGCUUAG